AUGUUCCGACCAGUAUGCAGGCAUGCCGCAAGGCAACUAAACGCCCCCGCUCGUUCCGUCAUCGGAAAGCGUUCUCUACAUGCACCCGUCGCUUUCGACUGGACAGAUCCUCUGGACGCGAAGAGUCUGUUCACUGAGGAGGAGUUGGCCAUUUCAGAAACAGCAGAGGCAUAUUGCCAAGAGCAGGCGUAUCGCAAUGAGAACUUUGACCGCAACAUCAUCUCAGAAAUGGGCGAGCUGGGUUUGCUCGGUGCGUCUAUCAAAGGCUACGAGUGUGCUGGUGUGAGCAGUAUAGCUGCUGGCUUGAUCACGCGAGCAGUGGAGAGAGUUGACUCUGGGUACCGAUCUGGAUACUCGGUGCAAAGCUCCCUUGCCAUGGGCGGUAUCGAAGAGUUUGGGACCGAGGAGCUCAAGGAGCGCUUGCUGCCCAGGAUGGCCAAAGGCGAACUGCUGGGGUGCUUCGGUCUGACAGAGCCCAACCACGGUUCAGAUCCAGGCUCGAUGGAGUCCACAGCAAAGCCUCAUCCCACAAAGAAGGGCUACUACUCGCUCUCUGGUUCCAAGACAUGGAUCACCAACUCGCCUAUUGCAGAUGUCCUCUUAGUUUGGGCGAAACUGGACGGCAAGAUCCGAGGCUUUGUUAUCGAGCGAGACCAGUGCCCACCAGGAACACUCGAGACGCCGGCUAUCAAGGACAAGAAUGGUCUGAGAGCCUCUUUGACUGGAAUGAUACAGCUCGACAACUGCCCUGUGCCAGAAGCCAAUAUGUUCCCUGAAAUUGUGGGACUGAAGGGACCAUUCAGCUGCUUGAACUCUGCAAGGUACGGAAUCGCUUGGGGCACCAUGGGUGCCUUGGAGGAUUGCAUUUCACGUACGCGGCAAUAUGCUUUGGACAGGAAGCAGUUCAAGGGCAACCCAAUUGCCAAGUACCAACUUGUGCAGAAGAAGCUGGCGGACGCAACCACCGAUGCAGCUUUCGGUAUCCUGGCUGCCGUGCAGGUAGGACGUCUUAAGGACGAAGGCAAGGCUGCGCCCGAGAUGAUUUCUAUGAUUAAGAGGCAGAAUUGUGAUCGAGCACUCAUCAACGCACGAACGCUCCAGGAAGUGUUUGGUGGAAAUGCCGUCUCCGACGAGUACGGCAUUGGCAGGCACGUCGCGAAUCUGUUCGUGACGCAGACCUACGAAGGUCAGAGUGACAUUCACGCUUUGAUCCUCGGCCGUGCAAUCACUGGCCUACAGGCAUUCUGUUGAUCGCCAGGACGAAGGCGAAGAUGUAUACAUAGCUCGCAGGUGUUUGAUGCUCAUCUCUGGCUAGGAUGACAUGCUCUACCGCUGUGCAACGUUGAUCGGUCUGAGGAGCCCGCCUAUCACAAAGUACAAAGUACUCCAAGCUUAGCAUGCAGCUUGUAUGCGGACAAAAUUAGAAGUAGAGAUGCAAGUGCAAACGAAUGUUAGACGCCUCGAACGUUGA